UCUGCAGAUGCCAAUUCGGAUGCUUUCAAGAACAACAUCACUCUCUUCACAAGAAUCCUGGACAGACUUCUUGAUGGAUACGACAAUCGACUUAGACCAGGGUUAGGAGAUCGUGUAACCGAGGUUAAGACUGACAUCUACGUCACCAGUUUUGGCCCAGUAUCUGAUACGGACAUGGAGUACACAAUAGACGUGUUUUUCCGACAAAGCUGGAAAGACGAGCGGUUGAAGUUCGACGGGCCAAUGAACAUCCUUCGGUUGAACAACUUGAUGGCGAGCAAAAUCUGGACGCCAGACACGUUCUUUCACAAUGGGAAGAAGUCUGUGGCCCACAACAUGACCAUGCCCAAUAAAUUACUGCGGAUUCAGGAGGAUGGCACUCUGCUAUACACCAUGAGGCUGACGGUUCAUGCUGAAUGUCCCAUGCACCUAGAGGAUUUCCCUAUGGACUUCCACUCCUGCCCCCUCAAAUUCGGCAGCUAUGCCUACACAAUGACAGAGGUCACAUACACCUGGACAAAAAACCCUUCUAACUCUGUAGUGGUGGAGGGAGAAAGUUCCAGAUUGAACCAGUAUGACUUAUUGGGUCAAACUGUAGGCAACGAGACCAUAAAAUCCAGCACAGGUGAGUAUACUGUGAUGACGGCGCAUUUCCAUCUGAAGAGGAAGAUCGGUUACUUUGUCAUCCAGACCUACCUCCCCUGCAUCAUGACUGUCAUCCUGUCCCAGGUCUCCUUCUGGCUCAACCGGGAAUCUGUGCCUGCCAGAACCGUCUUCGGUGUAACCACAGUCCUCACCAUGACCACUCUGAGUAUCAGUGCGCGAAACUCCCUGCCCAAAGUCGCUUAUGCCACAGCCAUGGAUUGGUUCAUUGCUGUCUGUUAUGCCUUCGUCUUCUCCGCCCUGAUCGAGUUCGCCACCGUCAACUACUUCACCAAGCGUGGCUGGGCCUGGGAUGGAAAGAGCGUUGUCAGUGAUAAGAAAAAGGAGAAAACCUCGGUAAUUAAAAAGAACAACGCCUACGCAGUCGCGGUGGCAAACUACGCCCCCAACAUUACCAAGGAUACCGUGCUGCCGACCAUCGCAAAGGGCGGGGUUGCCGAUCCGAAUAAGGCCAAAGCAGAGGGCAAGCCAGCCGAGAGCAAGAAGACCUUCAACAGCGUUAGCAAAAUCGACAGGAUAUCCAGGAUCAUGUUCCCUGUCCUCUUUGGUACCUUCAACCUGGUAUACUGGGCCACGUAUUUAAACAGAGAACCGGUUAUCAAAGACAUGGUGCCUUCUGUAUGA